AUGGCGGCGCUGGGCCGCGCGGCGCGGGGCUGGGCCCGCUCGCAGCCCGCCGCCCUGGCGCUGGCCGCGGCCCUGGCCGUCUGCGCCUUCUACUACCUGGGCGGCGGCAGCGAGACCUUCUCCAGCGCUACGCGCCGCCUGCGCGCCACGCCGCCGGCCCCGGCCCACCGGCACCCGCAGCGCGGCGGGGAGCCGGCGGCGGCCGGCCGUGCCUUGCAUCUGCUGCUGAUGUUCACCAAGGCGGAGCGCAACCCGGCGCUGCGCGCCAAGGCGCAGGCGGCCCUGCGCUCGCUGCUGCGGCACGGCCGGCUGCGCGGCGGGGACGCGCUGCACCUCCACCUCCUCACCCAGGGCGCCAGCCGGGACAUCGGCCUCGACCUGCUGCGGGACCUGCUGCGCGGCGCCGCCUUCCCACACCAGGUCAUAGUCCAUGAUGUGGAUGAGCUGACGGAGCAGCUGUUUCCCAUCGUGGAGGCCAUGCAGAAACACUUCAGCGCUGGAUCAGGGACCUACUACAGUGACUCCAUCUUCUUCCUGUCGGUCGCCAUGCACCGCAUCAUGCCCAAAGAAAUAAAACAGAUCAUCCAGGUAGACUUGGACCUGAAGUACAAGACCAACAUCCAAGACCUGUUUGAUGAGUUUAACAACUUUCCAGAGGGAGCAGUCAUUGGGAUUGCCAGGGAAAUGCAGCCAGUGUACAGGCACACGUUCUGGCAGUAUCGCCGUGAGAACCCCCAAACCAAAGUCGGGGACCCCCCUCCGGACGGGCUGCCCGGCUUCAACAGCGGCGUCCUGCUCCUCAACCUGGAAGCCAUGAGGCAGUCCAAGCUCUACAACCAGCUGCUAGAGCCUGCCAUGGUGCAGAAGCUGACGGAGAAGUACCACUUCAAGGGCCACCUCGGGGACCAGGAUUUCUUCACCAUGGUGGGGAUGGAGCACCCAGAGCUCUUCCAUGUGCUGGACUGCACGUGGAACCGGCAGCUCUGCACGUGGUGGAGGGACCACGGCUACAGCGACGUCUUUGACCAGUAUUACCAGUGUGAGGGUGAGGUCAAAAUUUACCAUGGGAACUGCAACACCCCAAUCCCUGAAGACUAGGGCACCCUCCACCCCUGGGAGCAGCUCUGACUGCAGCAAGCCCUGAAAAGCUGUACUGGCUGCACCAACAGCCCCUCGGGAAGUGGGGACAGCCCUGAUCCGUUGCAUCUGUGGCAGAUCCUUAGGGAUCCCAAGACUGUCCAGGUCCCACUGCCUGUAGCCUCACCCGUCCUGGAGGAAGUACCAUCAGUAGUUGGAGCGAGACAUUUGCAGUCACCGUGCCCAGGCUCAGUUCCUGGCUCUGCUUGAGGCAAGUCCAUGAUGCCCGUCUGUGCCACUGCUUCCCGGGCUUGGGGAGAGCCAAAGGGCUGUCGGGCAGCUGCUGCUUCUGCAGCUCCCUGGGUGCCAUGCAGCUUUGCCUUGUCUGAUGACCAGGGGGAGCCCACAGCCCCACAGCUGGGGGUUGAUUUGGCACCCAUCAGUGGCCCAUUUCUGCACCUCACAUGGAGCAUCCGUCUGGUCCCUCUGAAGAGCAGACACCAUCCUCAGGUCAUGUUCCUUUUGAAGCAUUCCAGAAAGGCAAGAAGGACUUAAAGACUGAAAAGCUGUUCUAAAUUGGGUUACCUACAAAUAAAAAUUGAGUGCUAGAUGAGCUUUAAAGCCUUCCAUUGGUGGUUCUUGGCAAUAAAAGCUUUACUGCCCUAUCUUGUCUUAAAAGCGUUCCGUGAGCGUGUACCAAUAGGUUCAUUUUUCUAGCUUUGCCUGUAACCCUUUGUACAAGAAUAAAGCUGCAGAUGUAAAA